UCGUUUUUCGUGCUGGUCUGAUGUCGACGGUGAUAUCAUGAUUAUGAGUGCAGUUUAUUGAUUUAUUGACUGCCACUGCCAGUCUCCUGGAGAAAACCGUCCAAGUCCUUCGCUAAAUUUGUCAUUUUAUGAAAAGCGGCGAGAUGGAGCGGAAUCCGCGGCGCAGCCAUUCCUCUGCGGACAGCCGCAGCGGCGCGGUUUCAUCUUCAACGGGAGACGCAGGUACUGUGAGUAGAGCCAGCGCUGCCAAAGAGACGGCCGCUAAGAGCAGCCAGCUGGCAGCGUCCGCGAAAGAGCCGUCGGCCGAGUUGGCCGGCGAGGACAUUUAUCAAGCGGAAGGCAUCAUCGGCAAGCAGGUGCGCCGCGGCGGCCAGAUCUUCUACCGCGUCAAGUGGCUGGGCUACCCCGUGUCGCAGUCGACGUGGGAGCCCCUGGAGAACAUCGGGCACUGCUUCGAAUUCAUCGACGCCUAUGAGCGCCGCACGGCCGCCGCGAAGCCCCGGCGCCGCCGUCGUCCGCGCGACGAUGAGGAGGAAUCCAGCAGCGAGGCGGAGGAGGACAGCGCCGAGGAGGUCCCCCGGCCGCGCUCGGCGGGACGCGCCCGGGGCUCCCGACGACCCCCGCCCCCGGCCCUCUCCCCGGGAAUUCAGUCCCCAGAGCGGGAGGACACCUUCGGCGCCCCCGCCGCUCCCAAGACCCCCGCCAAACGCCCCCGCGUCCUCUCCUCGUCCUCCUCCGCGGAGGGAUCCCCGCCGCCAAAGAGCUCCGCACCCCCGGCGGCGGAGCCGCGGGAGACCAAUGGGGAAACCCCGGAAGCAACAAACAGCAGCGAAAGGGACACGUCCCCGUCGGCCAAGCGCCCCCUGAAGACGGAGCGCUCCGUCAGCCUGGGGCCGGAACGGGGGUGGCCCGCGGAAAACCCCAACAGCGAACGGGACGCUUCUCCACCGGCCAAGCGCACCGUGAAGGCGGAGCGUUCCGUCAGCGCCGCAAAGAGCGUGGGGACCCUCCCGGAACGGCUGCCGUGGCCGGAGAUGGUCGCCGGGCCCAGCGGCAGCGGGAAGCCUCCCACUCCGACCCCGGAGCCGGCCCCGGUGGUGGCGGUGCGCGAGGUGUGCUGCGGCGCGGAUCUGGACGAUCACUUCGUCUACUGGCGGCCCUUUCCGUCCGCCGCCCCUCCCGAGGCCCCCGCCUCCUCGGAAAACGAGGCAUCGCGCAGCAGCCGCCUGGACAGCCAGGCCGCCGACCUCCGGCAGUGGCAGUCGCGGGCGGUGGCCGUCGUCGGCAUCCAGUUCGCCGCCGCCGGCGCCGGUCUGGAGCCGGCCGUCGACCGGGCCUUCGUCCACUUCCGGGCGGCGGCGGACGGCGUCCCUCCGGCCUCCGCCAAGGAUUUCCUGCAGGCGUUUCCGCUGGCGCUGGUGCGGCAGUAUCUGCCGGAGAAACUGCUCUUGUACUACCAGAGCUGCGCGUCUUUCUCGCCGCGACGUUCCCGUGAAGCCGGUGAAUCCAGUCCGUUGUAGACACAGCAUUCGUCAUACAGUUAUAUAUACGCGUUCUGUUGUUUUAAUUUUGCAUGGUGAGUAGAGCGGUGCUUUCGUUGUAUACCGAGUGAUACAGCUCGAUUCCGAAUUUCCGGUUUAAGAAAAUCAACCAGUACGGUGUGGACAAUUUUCUUGGCAUGCUAUUCAUUUUUAUAAGUUUAAGUUUUGCAUUCUGUUCCUCUCGCUUUUCUUGUUGGUUACAAACUACAAUAAUACCGUGUCGAGUAUUAUUUAUACAUAUAUGUAAUGUAGAUUUUGUAUGUAUUUAUUUAUGAUAUUGGUUUGCGCUACGAUUCUUUUGGCAAGCGGAGAAAUUCAGCGCGGAAUUUCUUCUUGGAAUUGUUGCCAGUUUUAUAGAGCUAGAAAAAGUUUUUGCAGGUUUAUUACUUGGUUAGUGGUGAUGAUAGAAUCAAAAAUGCCGUCGUCAGUAGAAUAUUUUUGAGAAUAAAUGGACGAAUGUUUUGUCAAUAAAAAAGUAAU